CUAGUAUCGGCCCCCUUUCGCUCCUUUCGUCCACGAAGAGCUAAACCAUUUUUCGUAAAAUCGAGCUCACUACAGGGAACGAAUUUUGUCGUCCGUCUGUUUCUGUGUAUCUGUAUUCGGGACCUCGCAUUUACUUUCAGGUUUCUAGUCGGAUGAGUAAACGUUCUGCCCAGCACCCGUAUUCGUCCCUUUCGAGACACCACGUACUUGGAACUACAAGCGACAUAACCGUAAAACUCGAAAAAAUGCCGCGCCUUAAGUGAUGAUGAAAAUCGUCCUGAGACAGAAGAUGCUUGUGAGUGUGGGUUUUAUGGGAGCAGAAUUUUUAUGCAUUCACCGGAUUAAAAACCGCAGUCGUUUUGUAAUAUAAUCGACCUUGUACUUCCCGAGAAAUCCUCACUCCUCCAAAGAGGUUGUAUCUCCUUGAAAUAACACAAACCGCCUAUGUCCAAUGAAUCCUAAAUCCUAAACCCUCAAUAGCAAAAAUUUUUUUUUCUCGGAAAAAAACACCAGCAACAGCUGCAAAAAAAAUGCACACCGUACCGCGGGACGCCUUACCGGAGCCGCGCGAGCGCCGGACGUUCCCGUUUGGCGGCACUCCGCUCCCGUCUCCCGCGCCCAGUGCCAUCUCGUCGUCCCGCAGCUCGAGAUCGCAGACGGCGGCGUAUAAGCAGGGCGACAAACGUAUGAAUUGCAAAUAUGUCUGGGUCUGGAAGGAUGCAACUUGUCAUGCUAAAUCCGAAUCAUGCAAAAAUCUGUGUUGCAUGAGUGGCAAAAGCUGUCCACUUUCGCCCAAAAUGGGGUGGAGUUCCUCAUGCAGGAUAGGCAUGAUAUUAGAGACCUCACAGAGUUUGUCAUGCUAGGUCCCGAAUUCCAGACCUCAUGGGUCAUGGAAAACCUGCAUGACAAGUUUACACUCUUCCAGACCCAGAAAUAUUUGUAUUUGAUAAAACCGGAGAUCCCCUACAUCCUCACCGCCGCGUAUCGAAAGGAAAAAUCCUCCCUCCCCAUCUCGAAAACGAGACUUGUAAUGCUGUAGUUGAGUACACAAGUCGACUUGUAUUGCUAGAAGGCAAAGAGGCGCAGUUGUGGCCUCGUUUGCAGGCAAUUUGUCAUGCUGCUUCCCACUUCCAGCUGCCUCCUGUCAUACUGAAGAUGCAAGCCUUUCCCACGCAACCCAGCACUACAGUCCGCAUCUUUUCCCUUCUAGCAUGACAAAGCCAAUACGUGGCCACAAAUCUGCAUCACAGAUUUCCGGUUUGAUAUGGGGAGGGGGGAUUUUUCCUUUCGAUACAGCGGGCAUUGAAAUCAUUGGCGAACCGGGACCGGCGUCGCGGGAAUACGUCCCGUCGAAGACCCCCAUCCCGAGAAUCAUGUAUCCUGUGCAAAAGUAUCGUACUCGUAUUGCAAUCAUGCGUUACAAAUCCUGUUCUUAAGGCAAAUUAGCAUUUAACAAAUUUUAUUCCUCAUGCUGUCUGAGGAAAUUUGUAAUGCAUUUAUACGAGUACGAUACUUUUGCAAUUCAUAUCGUGCGCCAAAGCCACAAACACCACCUCUACAACGCGUACAACAAUUUCGGACACUGGGUAUCAAAUGCAAUAAUCUGUCUGGGUCUGGAAAGGGGAAGUCGGAGUUUGUGAUGCUCCAUUUGGAUUCGAAAAAAGUCUGUAUUGCUUGACCAGCAAGAAGAGUCGAACUUUUGCUACGCGGACAGGGCAUCUGUCUUCGUGCGGGAUAGGCAUCAAGAAGCCCUCAGAUGAGAAUCUGUGAUGCUAGGCCAGACAUGACAGACACAAUGACUCAUGCAAAACGUGCAUUCCAAACUUGCACUCUUCCAGACCCAGACAUAUUUGCAGUUGAUACUGGGACGUCCGCAACAACAUGGACCCCUUCCUGGUGGCCGAGAACGUCCCGAAAUGGAGCACCACCAGCUACAACUACGGGUCGCACUACUACUAUGCCCUGCAAAAGUAUCGUACUCGUAGUAAUUGCAAUUAUGCAUGAGAAGUCUCUCUCUCAAGGUAAAUCAGCAUGAAAAUUUCCAUUUGUCAUGCUGAGGAGCUAAUUUGUAUUACAUCAAUGUAAUGCAAUUGAGACUACGUAGUACGUUACUUUUGCAAUCCAUAACUGCCACCCCCAGCAGAAGUUCGCCCGUGGACUGAAGAACCGCAUGCCGGUCUGGCAGUACGAUGACAGCAGAAGGUUCUGCUACUACCCGGAAGAGAAAAACAACAAGCGUGAGUACUAGGAAAAACUUUGAUCGUCGACGAGGAGACGCGGAUGCAGGGAUUGCACUUCCACUUAUGAAGAACGAAGGAAAAGUUGCACGUGCAAUUGCCCGAGAAGGUGGGCAGAAAUAAAAGUACUCUGGUGCUUGUUCUUUUACUCGCGAAGAUGGUAUCUAUGCGCCGCCCGAAAAAAUACGGUUGUUACAAUUGUUUUCCAAAGCUUGCCUCGGAACAACCACUAAUAAGGUCGAUUCGGAACAAUCCUAUGUUAUGUCAAUUCAACUUCAAUUUCUCCUAGGCCGUGUUUUAGUUUAUGAUUUGAACCAAGAAAAUGUAAAUGACCAGACACUCACUUGCUAGAACAAGCGCAAGCCACUCGAG